AUGGACUUUUUUGACACAGGAUGCCUUAUCAUAAGCAAUGGCGAGAGAUGGAAGCAAACCCGCCGCUUCUCCCUCAUGACCCUGAGGAAUUUUGGGAUGGGGAAGAGGAGCAUUGAAGAGCGAGUCCAAGAAGCGGCAAAGUAUCUUGUGGGGGAGUUAAAAAAAACAAAAGGAUUACCAUGUGACCCUACCUUCAUCCUUGGGUGUGCUCCUUGCAAUGUAAUCUGCUCUGUCAUUUUCCAGAAACAUUUUGAAUAUAAAGAUCAGAAAUUUCUAUAUUUAAUGAAGUGUUUAGACGAAAACAUCAAGAUCGCAAGUUCCCCAUGGAUGCAGAUCUACAGUUCUUUUCCAUCUUUAUUACAUUAUCUCCCUGGAUCUCAUCACAAAAUAAUUAAAAAUGUUCAUUUACAACAUGAAUUUAUUUUGGAAGAAGUGAAGGAGCACCAAAGGACACUGGACCCCAGUAAUCCUCGGGACUUCAUUGACUGUUUCCUGAUGAAAAUGGAGCAGGAAAAGCAACAACCGCAGUCUGAAUUUACCAUUAAAAACUUGGUCUGUACUGUAACUGAUCUAUUUGCAGCAGGAAUAGAGACAACCAGCACUACCCUGAGAUAUGGACUCCUGAUUCUCCUGAAACACCCUGAGAUAACAG